AUGGCUGAAGAAAAAGAAUCCCCCGCUCAGCUCCCCCCCUUCCGUCGCGUGGUCACCGGCCAUUCUCCCACAGGAGAGGCGAUUAUUGAAUCCGAUGAGAACCUCGUCCCCUAUGACCCUUUUUCACCGACCCUCGAGCCAGCCACCAGUCAAUCUGUGGGCUUGGCCACCAUCUGGCGUAUGGGCCUCACUUCCUUCCCAGUUAACUCCAACGAGCCUUGGUGUGAAUUCAACCGCAAACCAGUCGGCCUCAUCAACCCGGAAGGUUUGAUGGCAAGAAUUGUUGAUUUCCCUCCAGGCCCUAGCAUCAUGCAUCGCACGCUAAGUUUGGAUUUUGGCAUCGUCUUGAAUGGGGAGAUAGAGUUGGAAUUGGACAAUGGCGUCAAGACUUUGCUGAAGCAAAAUGAUGUGGCAGUACAAAGGGGGACGAUUCAUGCCUGGAUUAACCCUGGCAAUACAAUUGUGCGGAUGUUGUUUAUUUUAAUUACUGCCCAGACUCUCAACUUUUGUGGAAAGGUGCUGGACGCUACGCCAUUACCUCCAGGACUUGGUGGCUUUGAUAAUACUCCAGGAACUUCGGUUAAUUCAUCGCUGUCUUGA